ACCGCGCAGGCGCCGCUUCCGGGCCAACAUGGCGGCCGCAUUGCUGCUGCUGCGCGCCCUCCGCCCGGGCCCGGCCGCGGGGUCCGGGCCACUGCGGAGCCCCUGCUCGGGCUGGAGCCUAAGCCUCUCCUUCGGGGCCGGAAGGAGGUGCCGGCACUUCGUCCACAGGCCUGCGAUCCGGCUCCUGGGGGCCGGAGGCCGCGCCAAGCAGAGUUUGCAGCUGUGCCUGCCGACCCCAACUGCUGAAGGGUUCAGUGGAUUGUUGUGGAAACAGCAUCUAGUCCAGAAUCCAGUCAGACUCUGGAAACUCUUAGGUGGCAGUUACUAUUUUAACACCUCCAGGAUGAAGCAGAAGACUAAGGACAAUGAUAAAUCUAAGGGGAGGACCCCUGAAGAUGAUGAAGAGGAGAGGAGACGCAAGGAGAGAGAGGACCAGAUGUACCGCGAGCGGCUGCGCACCUUGUUUGUCAUCGCCGUGAUCAUGAGCCUGCUGAACGCGCUCAGCACCAGCGGGGGCAGCAUUUCCUGGAACGACUUUGUGCACGAGAUGCUGGCCAAGGGCGAGGUGCAGCGCGUGCAGGUGGUGCCUGAGAGCGACGUGGUGGAGGUCUACCUGCACCCCGGAGCUGUGGUGUUCGGGCGGCCUCGGCUGGCCUUGAUGUACCGGAUGCAGGUGGCAAACAUCGACAGGUUUGAGGAGAAGCUCCGAGCUGCUGAAGACGCCCUGAAUAUUGAAGGCAAGGACAGGAUCCCGGUUUCCUAUAAGCGGACAGGAUUCUUUGGAAAUGCCCUCUACGCCUUGGGGAUGACCGCAGUGGGCCUGGCCAUCCUGUGGUACGUGUUCCGUCUGGCUGGAAUGACGGGAAGGGAAGGAGGACUCAGUGCUUUUAAUCAGCUUAAAAUGGCCCGUUUCACAAUUGUGGAUGGCAAGAUGGGGAAAGGAGUCAGCUUCAAAGAUGUAGCAGGAAUGCACGAAGCCAAACUGGAAGUCAAAGAGUUUGUGGAUUAUCUGAAGAGCCCAGAGCGCUUCCUUCAGCUUGGCGCCAAAGUCCCAAAAGGUGCACUCUUGCUCGGGCCCCCCGGCUGUGGGAAGACACUUCUGGCCAAGGCGGUGGCAACAGAAGCCCAGGUGCCAUUCUUGGCGAUGGCCGGUCCGGAGUUCGUGGAGGUCAUUGGAGGCCUUGGCGCUGCCCGCGUGCGGAGCCUCUUCAAGGAAGCCCGGGCCCGGGCUCCCUGCAUCGUCUACAUUGACGAGAUCGACGCUGUGGGCAAGAAGCGCUCCACCACCAUGUCUGGCUUCUCCAACACAGAGGAAGAGCAGACGCUCAACCAGCUUCUGGUGGAAAUGGACGGAAUGGGCACCACCGACCAUGUCAUUGUCCUGGCAUCUACCAACCGAGCUGACAUCUUGGACAACGCUCUGCUGAGGCCUGGCCGACUGGAUCGACACGUCUUCAUUGACCUUCCCACGCUGCAGGAAAGGCGGGAGAUUUUUGAGCAGCACCUGAAGAGCCUGAAGCUGACCCAGGCCAGCAGCUUUUACUCACAGCGUCUGGCAGAGCUCACGCCGGGGUUCAGCGGUGCUGACAUCGCCAACAUCUGUAACGAGGCCGCGCUGCACGCCGCACGGGAAGGGCACACGUCCGUCCACACGUUUAACUUCGAGUACGCUGUGGAACGGGUCAUUGCUGGGACUGCCAAAAAGAGCAAGAUCCUGUCAAAGGAAGAACAGAAGGUGGUUGCGUUUCAUGAAUCGGGCCAUGCCCUGGUCGGCUGGUUGCUGGAGCAUACCGAGGCCGUCAUGAAGGUAGGGUGUCCGCGUCAGGUGGGUCUGGGGUCUCGGUGGCUGUAAGCCCAACUCACCCUUGAACAAAGCUGACUUUGGAAGCACCGUGUGUG